AUGACCUCUUCCGUCUCAGGUAUCCUGAGUACUCCCAGCCAGGGCAAAUAUGCUGCUGCCAACGCCUACCUCGACUCCUUUGCCCGCUUCCGCCACACUCGAUCUAAGGCUCCCGCCACCUCCGUCGUCCUUCCUAUGGUUCUCGUUGUUGGUAUCGUUGCCGAGAACGUUGAGCUUGAAGAUGCCCUCAAGCGCAAGGGUAUGUACGGUGUUGAUGAGGAGCACUUGCUCCAAUCCUUCGAGGCUGCCAUGAUGUUCAACACUCUGGAGACUGUUCCCGAACACGUUGUUGUUGGUCUUGACCCUGCUCCUCUGCAGAAGGCAGUCAACGAUACCGCUGCUGUCGACAGCUUCAGGCUCGAGGAUGCCCGCUUCAGCCACAUAGUCCACGGCAUCAACUCCUAUGCUGAUGAUGCCGCUGGUAUUGACUCCAUGAUUGGUGCUGAGUUGCGAAACUGGAUCUUCAAAGAAUACAUGAUUGAUGUGCCUUUCCAGCAGUUGCUUGGUCCUAGGUACUCUGAUAACAUGACGAUAGAGCAAUUCCCUUUUCAUCUCUCUAAUUUAUAG